CCUGGCGCAAAACAACAACCUCACUCGUCAGACCGCGUCGGCAGUUCAAACCGAUACCAUGUCUACUACGCCAGCAGCAGGGACGAACCGCCGUUCGGUGGACGACGAAGACUUUGAGGCGUCGAUGAGCAAGGUGGACGAGGUGAUGAAGAUCCUCAGCAUGAUGACCAGCGGGGACAAGACCAAGGAGCAGAUGGGCGUUGCGUUCGCCGAGAGCUUCCUGGGCGAUGACAAGAAGGAGCUGGAGAAGAUCGACGUGGAUAAUUUUAUCGUGCGCGUGAACCAGGAACGAACCGUCAUCAACCGGAAGGGAGACGAGGACUCGCUGGACCGUCCGAUGCAGGACAAGUUUGCGUUUAUGGCCGAAAUGGAACGGGACGCGGCUCGGCGUGCAUCGGAGCGUAAAGAACGAGAGCAAACUGCUCAGGGUUUGAGGAGGGCGGGAAACCUGGCGUUCCGCCGCGGCGAGUACGAAAAGAGCAUCAGCAUGUACACCAAGGCCAUCGACCAGAUCCGUGACAGUCCGAUUCUGUACAACAACCGUGCGUUGGCCUACAUCAAGAUUAAGCUCUGCAAGCGAGCCAUCAUAGACUGCGACUUUGUGAUCAGCAAGCUGGACGAGAAGAACCUGCGAUCGUGGGUCUACCGCGCCCAAGGGUACUUCCUGCUGGGAGAAACUCGAGCGUACGAGAAGAGCAUCGCCGAAGCGAAGAAGCACAACCCCAAAGAGUUGGACUACAUCGAUCGGAUCGUGCUGGAGAUUGAGGGAAAGACUAAGGCCGCGGCAGCAGCAGCUACGACGACGAGCGAGGAACCAGAGACUGAGGAAUCCGGGGCCGCCGGUGGUGGCGGUGAUGGUGGUGAUACCGCAGAGCGACCCCUUCCCAUGGAUGAUGUACAAUCAAAUUCUUCAAAUGAUUCUUAGAGAGAGUUGGUUUUGUGUGUUGCGUGAGCUCAAUAAAUUGCACUGAAGUUA